AUGCGUCUCUUGCGGUGCUUAUUGUCGCUCUCCAAUAAACCUUUGGGAUGUAGAAGUGUUGUAGUUGCGUAUCAUCAUCAUGACCACCAAUAUCAUCCUUACUUUACUCGUAACAACAGGUUUGCUUCAGAUUAUUUUAAUACCGGGCUCCUGAAGACAGAAAAUAAUUCCAGAAAUUAUUCAAGUGUGAGAGAAAAGACUGUGGAUGUUCUAUCAUUAUGCCGAAUUCGAUAUUUAGAUAAAAGUGGUGAAAAAGAUGUUAUGGAAGGAAGAAGAAAAAUUGUUAAAUUUUCCGUUGAAGCAUAUAGAUCCGAAGAACCUUCAGUGUUGAAUGAGAAAAUAAGAACCGAUAAAUUAUUGAGUCAGCUACUUCCAAUCAGCAGAGAAUAUGCCCAAUUUUUGUUGAGUAAUGGACAUGUUAAAAUUAAUAGCAAAAAAAGUAACGAAGACACAAAAUUUGUAAAAUUUAAGGAUUUGAUGGCAGAAAAAUCAUUAAUUUUUGAAAUUUAUCUUGAGAAUAGACCUAUUGCUACACCAGUUGUACAAUCAGAAGAAGAAAACUUUCCAACAGUACCUAUCCAUGUACUGUAUGAGGAUAACGAUGUUAUUGUUGUUAACAAACCUUUUGGAUAUGCUGUCCAUGCAAGCAAAUCUCAUCCAGAAUCAGCAACGAUGAUCAAUGCCAUACGGCGUUAUUGCACAGAAAAAUAUCAAGAGGAUCAAAAGACAAAAAAGAAACCUGUCAAACCUACGCUUCCAUUGGCAGUGAAUCUUGCCCAUAGAUUAGAAACUCAAAUGUCAGGAGUCUUGAUCUGCGGGAAAAACUCAUAUUCCAACCAAAAAUUAAGCGCUCAAUUUGAGCAGAACUCUGACAUGAGCAAACAAUAUUUAGCUGUUUGUGCAGUUUCGGAUGUAAAAGCCCUCAAAAAAAAGCUUAAUCCAUAUCUUGAUAUGAUGGAAGAGUUUAAUGAUGAUAAUGAUGAAGAGGAUGAAGCUUAUCUAGCAUCAUUAUCGGAGGAAGAAUUAUUACAACGAUAUGGGGUUAAAAAAGUGUCAUUCGCGGAUUUAAAAAAAGAAAGAAUGGAAGAGCUCUUUAAUUUGGAAGAUGUUGUAGAGUAUGAAGAGGAUGAGGAUAUUGAUCUGGUUGGUGAAAAUGUUGAGGAAAAUGAGCAUUUGGAGAGGUCAGGUUGGAUUGACUUAUCGAAGGAUCAUGACGACUUUCUUGAAAAGAUGGAAAAGGCAGCAAAAAACAAAACGAUAACUAUGCAAGGAGAUGUUAAGUUAGUGAAACAUCCAACUUUGAACAAGGUAGUUGCAGAAAAAGCAAGCAGACAUGACGAGCUCAUGAAAAAUGUCAAAAUAUUGAAGGAUGUCACAACAGUUUGCAAAGUACUGGAACUUAAUGAGGAAAAUAGUGUUGCAUUGGUUUCCAUCACCAUUCCUUCUGGAUCUGUUCAACAAGUGCGUUCUCAUUUGGCAACCCACGGAAUUCCUAUGCUUGGAGAUCUGUUGUACUUUGACCAAGUGGAUAACCGAGUCCCAUACGCAAUUUCCAGAGCUCACAACGCCAAUCAUAUUUUGUUUCAUCUGCACAAGAUAACAUUCCAACAUCCAAUUACAGGAAAGAAGAUUGUAGUGAGAGCACCAUUAUUGUCUUCAAUGAAAGAGUUUAUUUCCAAGAAUUUUUCUGAGGCCAUGGUACGAAAAUAUGUCAAUCUAGAAACAAAGGAGCAAGAGGAAUAA